ACAUAAUACUCUAAGAAUACUUACACCAAUAAUAUUCAAAGAUUCCCUCUUGCAUAGAGGAUGUACAAGUAAGCAGGCUAGGGUUCUUUUCGUCUGAUAACAACUGUCAACACCACUAUAAUCUUAUUUUAAGAGUUUGCAUUCAAUGAGUCAUACUAGUUAUAGAUCAAUCUCAUCAUAGAGGUAAUUAAAGAUGUCUGCCAUUGACCCAGAAAAUGGUGAUGUAAUAGAAAAUCCUGAUCCAGAGGCUGACACAGACUUUACAAAUUCAGCAGAAGACGAAUUUCAUUUAGAUAGUAAUGCUGAGGAUGAAUUCCAUUUAAAUAAUAACACUCAGAGUGGUAUUGAAGAUUUAAAUGUUGAUGUAAGUCCCGAAGCUGCUGCUGCAGGAAAUGAGGAGGGAAUAAGUGAAUGUGAUCAUGCUAAACUAUGUCUAGACAGUGACAAUGAACUUCCUUCUUUUGCAAGUGAAAAUAGAAAUCCUGCAAUUCAAACGGGUGAAAAGGAAAGUCCUCAUGGGGAUGCCAAUACUGAUUGUACAAAUGGUGCACUAGAAAAGUAUGAGACAAAAUCUUCAGUUUCGGAAAUGAACCAUACAGAAGAAAGCUUAGAUGUAGAAGAACAUGUUGAAGCUGAUACUUGUGACAGUUUUGAAGUACCAGAAGCAGAUUUAGGCCAUGACAUUCCUGAGGCAGAAUUGUGUCAGAUAACUGAAUCUGCUCGGACUGAAUCUGAAUGUUGUCAAAAUAACUCUGACUCUCUUCAGAUGAGAGUAAGCAUAUAUGAGGAUGAUACUUCUGAAGGAGAAGUGCAGGGAGAAAAUGAAACAGAAGAAGUGUUAGACAUUGCCCAAGGUUGUAGUUCUGUACCUCAAAUAUUAAAGUUGACUAAGUCUGAAAGUGUAGAAUCAUAUGAACCGGAAUGUGAUCAAGAAAGUUCACCUGUGAGUCAAAAUAAAUGUAAUGAUGAACCAGAAAACAAUGAAAAUAGUGCCUGCAGUGAAAAUGAAUUGACUGAAGGUAGUGAAAAAUCUGGCAAUAUUGAACAUAUAAAAGUAUUAGAAAAUAAUGAAAGUGCUAAUAUAGGAGAGGUUGAAGGUUAUGCUAGUCUUGUAACAUGUGAAAAUGAAUGUGUUCAGAAGGAUGCUGGCAGCAUGUCUAGUCAAAACAAUGAUAAUCAGCUGAUAACUAAUAUGCAAACUUUGUGUGAUGUAUGUGGAAAUACCGAAAAUGACCAAGACAGAUUGAAAGAGGGUGAAAGUUCAAUUAAAAAAUCAGACCCAACAAAUCCUGAUGUAGUGAACAAGAAGGAGAGUAGUCAUCGUAAGGAGGCAUUGGACGCAGGAAAAAAUUGUGAAGAUUUAAAAGUUGCGAUCUCAGAUGAUGAUUUGUUAUCCGAGUUAGAUUCUGAGUUAGGAGGUGUCUGUGAUAAUAAUAUAGAUUCUGUUCACUCUAUUUCUUCCCAAAAUGGCCAAAUAAAUGGAGAUGUAAAAGUCGAAGAAUUGAAAUUUAAUUCAGCAGAAGGUACAUCAGAAAGUUCUAAUAAAAUUGAAAACAGUUCUCCUGAUGAAGGUGUGGUUCAAGACCAUGACAAUAUUAGUGAAGAAGCAUGGAAAAUGAUUCAAGACUUGCAAUAUAAACUCAGUGUAUCUAGGCAGCAACUUCAGAGGCAGGAGAAACAUCUUCAAAGAAGUAAUGCAGAUUAUACAGAGCUACACAAGAAGUUAGAAACUGUUACAGAAGAAAGAGACACCUAUUUAAAGGCAGUAGAGAGUGCUAGGAACCAUAACUCUGAUGACCUGUAUUUACCACAGAUCAAAGAGUUGGAGUUCACAAUAUCUCAACAACAACAAGAAAUCCGUGGAUUGAGGGACAAGCUCUCCAGUCAUGAUACAGCAGCAAAAAAGGCAAUCACAGAACUACAAGUAGAAAUAAAGUCAAGAACUGACCAGGUGACAAAAGCUUACAGGGAGGUUGUAGCAGAAAAAGAUCAAAUGGUUGUUAAAUAUGCACAAGCAGAGAAAAAUAAUAUUGGUGCUCAGAAAGCUAUAGAGAGGCUAGAAUCUAAAAUUAAAGAUGCAGCAAAAGAAAAGGAUGGACUGUUGGGGAAAAUCAAAGAUCUGAAGUUAGAGAAAACACGUCUGGGUCAUGAACUAGAUUUAAAAUCAAGUGAAGCUCAGAAUAUGAGAAAAGAAGCAGAAAAGUUUAAAGAACAAGUUUCUUCAUCUGAUGUCAGAAUUAAAUGGGCUCAGAAUAAACUACGAGCUGAAUUGGAUGGUCAUAAGGAAACAAAAGCAAAUUUAGAGAAAAUAAAUCAGCGAUUGAAAGAAGCGAAGGAAGAAACAGAACAAAUCAGGAGGAAUUGUCAGGAAAUUAUUAAAACCUACCAGGAAUCUGAGGAAAUAAAAUCCAACAGUCUUGAUCAACAACUAAAGAAGAAACAGACUGAGCUUUUACUUCAGGAGACAGAAAAUAAAGAUAAAAAAGAGUUAUAUACAACAGCCAUGAAGGAACUUGAACAGUUAAAGAUAAAACAUCGUGAGACGCUUUCAGAACUUCACACAUACCAAGAUAAAACCAUGUGUUUGGAAGAGGAACAUAAAACGGAUGAAGAAACACUGAAUAAAUUUAAACAUAUGUUACAGAAACAGAAAGCCGAAAAUAAAACAUUACAAGAUAAAACUGAACACAUGGUUCAAUUGCAAUCAGAUUUCAAAAGAGCACAAAAUACAAUAGCUUCACUGGAUGCAGAAGUCUCAGACCUUAAAAUUAGCAAUAAAGAUUUAAGCAUAGAAAUGGAAGGGUGUCGUAGGAGAGAAUCUGAGAAAUUAGAAUUGACGGAGAAACUAACCACAAAGAAUGCUGAACUUCAAUCAGAAAAUUCUGCUCUGAAUGAUAAGGUGAUGGCUUUAUCAGUUGAAGUGCAAAGUCAAAAGAUGGAUCUCCAGUCCAAAGAAAGCAACUUAGAUGAACUGUCUCACAGAUUAUCAGAUGUUACAACUAAAAGUCAACAAGAAAUUAAACAGCUGACAGAAAAAUUCAAUGAAAAGUCUAAGAAAGUCGAUGAACUGUCAACAAGAAUUGAUGAUGAAAAAGAUGAGAUUAAAACCUUGAAGAGAAAGCAUGUCAACAGCAUGAAGGAUUUAACAAGGCAGUUACAGCAAGCAAGAAGGAAACUUGAAACUUUUGAAGCCAAUGGAGAAAAAGACAGUGCAAGUCUUGGAUCUCGUACCAGCUCCACUGGUUCCCUAAAUACUCUUACAAAUGGUGAUGGACCAAAUUCUCAUGCUCAACAAGUGCCAACUCAUACAUACAGGCAGUCCAGUCCUCCAGAGCAGGAGUAUCCAGUAAUAACAGAACAAGUAGAACCAGAUAAGCAAAUGCUGAUAGAGAGAAUCGUCAAAUUACAAAGAAUGUUGGCUCGCAGAAAUGAAAAGAUUGAAUUUGUGGAAGAUCAUGCUCACCAGCUUAUUGAUGAGUUACAAAAGAAAAAUAAAAUAAUACAGAUGUAUGCAUUACGAGAAGAUAGUGGAAUGUUCACAGCAGAGGCAGCAGACGUUAGCAAGCAACAUCAGAGGAAUUUAGCUAAGGCAGAGAUAGCAAAGAAGCACAGUAUAAUGGGAUCUGUAUAUAGUUCUCAUCAAACAGAUGGGUCAAUGACAUUAGAAUUAUCUCUGGAAAUUAAUAGGAAGUUACAAGCAGUGUUAGAGGACACAUUACUGAAAAAUAUGACUUUGAAGGAAAGUUUAGAUACACUUGGAGCAGAAAUAUCAAGACUUUCUCAGGAAAAUCGUAAAAUACAAAUACAACUUGAUAAACAGAAAAGAUGAUGUUAGCAAUAGUCAUGAAUAAACAGUUUGUCACAACACUACAGACCUUUUUCCUACUGUCAAUCAUCUGUCGAAAGUAACUUGUGUCACAAUGGUCAUGCAGAGUGUUUGAUGCAAUAUGAAAUUGCUUACUAGUCUGUAACUUUAUGCAUGCAUGCAUUAUUUUAUUUAGUAGUAACCACCAGAUGCUAAAAACUGAAAUCACAGAUUUAUUUUCAUACAAAGAACUGAUAAAAUUUAUCAAUACUUACGGCCAAAUAUUUACCAAUUAUCAUUACCACUUUUAGGAAAACAUAUCAAAACGUUGAAGUUAUCUUUAGUGAAGGAAUAAAUUUCACGUUCACAUGGAACAGAAGUAUAUAUUUUUCUUCCAAUAAUAAUUGGUAUCAUUGAAGGUCAUAAAUAUUCAUGAGCUAUUGGCCACUGGACAUGAAAAAAAGCUCUUAAUUGAUGCAAUUUAUUUUGAAUAAUAUAUAUAUGUCAGUACUGGUAUUGUGAAAAAAGGUUUAAAUCUCUUUUAGCUGUAACUCGGAUCUGAUUGGACUAGAUUUUGACCAUAUCAGAAAAGUUCACAUUCAUUUGAGGGUUUAGAAUAUAGAGGUUUCCAUUUAUAAUGGAUUCAAAAGGAACAAUGCAUUCCAAUAUUAUCAUUGCUAGCUAAAAGUAAUAUCCAUUUAUUUAUCAUAUGUGUUGACCACCAAUCAUAAUUUACAUAAAAAUUAUAUAUAUAUUGGGUUGAUGAAUAUGUCCGAUUUCUUUUAAAGUCAUAUUUUUGUACAAGUUGAACUUUAAUUUGUUUAAUAUGAAUCAUAUGACCAAGCUAAUUUCUUUUAUUUUCCAUGAAAUUCUCUUGAAAAGAAAAUUUAGAAUUAUUCACUUUUUCAAAUUAUUUAGUUCCGUUUUGAUGGAAAAUACUAUAUGAUUUACUCUUUUUCCUUAUAAAUUAUUUAACUUAAAUAAAGUUCAAAGGGAAAUUUUGCAAUUAUUGAUUGUAAUGAAUACAUCUAUAAAGUUCAAACAAAUCAAAUUCAAUUACCAGUACGAAACAAAUACAAAUAUUCUUAUGUAUUUAUAAUGAACUUUUUUUUUAACCAGACAGAUUAAUCUCGUUUGACUAUUAGCAUUUUGAAUUUCUUACUGAUAGUGUGUUUGAACAAAAAAGUAAUAUAUGUACCCCUGGUAUGUCUCUGUGUAUAAGGAAACAACUUAAAGACAACUUGAAUGAAUAUUAUGCAUAUCAUUAUAAUGGCUACACAAGUUAUCUUAAAUCGUUUCCUUGUCAAUGAGUAUAUAUUUGAAGCUAUUUUCAGACAAUAUUGAGACAUAUUAUAUGUGUAUAUUGUUAUAAAUGUUUUGUGAAUAUGUUUGAAUUCUUAGAAUAAAUGUGCAAUAAAAAAUGUGUAUAAUUUAAUAAAACUGAAAGUGUAUAGUAUUUUAAAAGUAGCUGGUGAAUAAACAGGGCCACAUAUAAUUGUAUUUUGUCCUUAACAAUAGAACCUGAUUAAAACAUUCAGCUGACUUUACAGAGUUAUCUCCCUGUAGUGUUAUUUACCACCAUCAUAAGAACUAAUGUAAAGGGGUCAUAAGUAUUUCUUACAAUUAACAACAUCCUAUAAAAAAAUUAAUCAGAAAUUCUAUUUGUACAUUUAUAAGUUAUAGAUGAAACUCCUUUUAAAAGGGGUUAGAUGUUGAUUCGCUAUCCAUUGUACUGUGCACUAUUUUUUUCUUGCGAUUCCUGGUAUUACUUUUUAUGCAUGAGGGCUUGGAUAGGUUUUUUUUUUAUUUCUUUAUUCUUUAUAUUAUACCAUAUAUAUAUUGUAACAUGCAUAUGCUUUGCAAACAGUAUAUCUAUAGAAAUAUCACCCCAAAAUUCUAUAUGUGUUUUAAAGGAAUUAUGACUUAGAAUUAUUAUAUUUUGUGAAUGAGUAUAAAUGAAGAAAGCCUACCUCACAAAAAAUAUACGAAAUUCAAUGUAAACUGAUUUUUUGGUGCUCCAUGAUUUGAAAAAAUGAAAAUUUAAUAUUAUAAAUCAAGCUAUAAAAUUAUAUCAGACAUUAUUUUGUGAAUUCCUUGCAUACAUAAUUUUACUGCAAUUUUCAUAUAUUAAACCCCCUGAAUUUCAAAAUGGUUUCUUCCUGAAAUCCACCACAAAAAAUAAAUCAUUAAAAUUAGUUAAAACUGAAAAAGAAACAUUUGAUGUUUGUGGUUUGGUAAGCAUAUGGCUGUGACUAUUAUAUUUUUAUAAUAAGCUUAGAAAAACUAUUUCAUUCAAAAUAUGAAGUAGGGAGCUAAAAUUUGUUUGCAGUGUUAAAAGGUUGUUAGUUUUAUUAAAGAUAAAUUGUUGAUGUGUCUGAUGUCUAUCAUAUACAAAUGGUUGUCAAAAUAAAAGAUGAUUUGUUUUUACCUUAUAAAGAUAUUUAUACUGGGGUAAAACACUUCUGAUUGUCUUCUUUUACCAAAUAUAGUAUCUAAUAGAUAUUCUUCGUGCAAUUUUGAUUUCUUCAUUCUGGUGUUCAUUUAGGAAUGGAAAAUAAUUUGUAUUUUUGUUAGUCUUUCAAUAAUUUUAAUUGUAGCCAUUUGUAGCUGUAGUAAAAUAAAAAUAUAAAAAAAUAGUUUCCAAGUCUCAUACAGGUGAUUUUUUCAAACAUUGACUUAAUAUUAUAUAUUUAUCAGUCUACUUGAUGUAUACCCUAUACAGAUAUAAUUAAUAUAUUUAUUGAUGUAUGCCCUAAACAGAUUGUCUUUAAACCCAUUUUUAAUGUGAAGUGUAUUUAUUUAUCUUCUUCUGUUAACUCUUAUCUUGGUUUACUAUUGAUGUCUACUAACAUUAUUUGUAACAAAAACAACAAUUUUUAAUCAUUUUUUUUUCCAUACUGAUAUUUUAUACGGCGUUUUGCAUUUGCGCCGAUCUGCAUUUCAUUUGCGCCGAUUUUUUCUUUCAUUUGUGCUGAUUUUUUUCUUCAUUUGCGCUGAUUUUGUUACAGGUAAUUAACAAGUUAAUUACAGGUGAAAUGAUAUAAGAAGAUGUGGUAUGAGUGUCAAUGAGACAACUCUCCAUCCCAGUAAUGUUAUUUUCAUUUAUUAUUAAAGACCUCUUCAAUUAGUUCAAAUUGUCAAUCAUAACAUGUAUAUAACUGUUGUCUCUUGCUUAAAAUCAAGAAGUAAAAACCUAAGAUAAAAGCACUUUGUUUAUACUAAAAUCACGAAUUAAAAAUAUAUGUACUGCAUUCAAAUCCAUAAAAACGGAAUACAUUCAAAUCAUAAAUCUGUUCUUGCCGACUAUGUAUUGGCAACACAUCUAAUAUAUUCCUUUCUUAUGAUUUCGUCUCUUCUAUAUUUGGCGUAAUUGUCGAUAAUGAUGGCCAUCUUUUCUUUGUCUGGCAUACGUACUGGUGGGGGUGUUCUAGAGUUCGCAUUUUCUCACAAGGAAGCUAUUAACCAAGAGUUCCAAAUGGUGAAAUUGAAUUCGUCCCUUCGUUAAUUUCAUGGACGCCAUCACGAAUUGGUUGACCGUUAUCGAAUGUGUACUUAUACGUUGUCUAAGAAUGUAUGACAUUUGUCAUCAGAAGGAGAGGAGUGUCAGACAAUGCCAAACGUGAAGCAGUCAUUGAUUUCAUUAAGGGAAAGGAAUGGUAACCCGAAACAUUGGGAUAGCCAUUUACCAAUUGCAAUGUCACUUGAUUUGUCUUUAUACUCUGUGCUCAGCUAAUGUAAAAGUAUAAAAUUACCUGUAACUUACCUGUAAAUCCAAUUAGGAAAAACUAUCAAAUCGGCGCAAAUGAAAAAAUGAAAUCGGCGCAAAUGAAAGAAUGAAAAAUUUCAAAAUCGGCGCAAAUGUCAUAUGCCCAUUUUAUAACUUUUAAUUGUGAAGAUACAGAUAUUCAUUCAUUGAAUUUUUUUUGUCAGUUUCAUUUGAAUACUCUGGAAACUACAUUGAUUGGCUCAAUUUGCUUUGUGCCACAUCAGCACAAAAAUACUUUAUUGUGGCAAGUUGUAAAAUAGAAGAGUGGUUGCAAAUAAUUUUACAGGAGAUUUUCUUACAAGUUUUAUAGAAAGUUUCAGUCAUAUUUUGAAAAGUAAUUUUCUUUUCCUAAUUAGAAUUUUUCACUAAAAAACGCAAGUCUAAAUUUUUGACCUGAAUGAACAAAUUUGAUUUAAAAUUGUUGUUUUCUAGAAUUGUUAUAGUUUAAUUUCAUGCAUAAAUGAAAAGACUACAUGUUAAGUUGUUUAUGGAUGUUAUUUUGUUUUCCAAUAUGGAAUAAUUUAUGUGAUAAUAAGAAACAUAAAAUGUUAAAAGAAGUGAUUGGUUGUGUAUUUAAUUUAUUCCCUUUGAAAAAAAAGGAUUAAUACUUCUUAGAAAUGCUUAUGUCAACCAGAUUUGGUUGUUAUGAAAAAAAUGAAAAUCUGAAUUACAGUACAUGUACUACAGGUUACCUAAUCUCCGGUUUGACAUUCUGGUAUUCAGUCAUGUAAGAGCAACCAAAUGAAGUAGAAAUCAAACAUAAAAUCUAUGCACUUUAGAGGGGGGGGGGGGGGGGUAGUUUACUGUUUUUCAAGUAUUUUGUUGUAUAAGUCUCCAACAAAUGUACCCAUUAAAAGCUUCUUUACAUUGCUCUUCUUUGACCAAGUGCCAGGAUGUCCUAAAAGAAAGAAUGUAACCUGUCAAAAAAUAUAAACUCUAGUCAGAAGUGGGUAAUAUGAAAAAAGUCCAUUAUUUGAAGUCGAGGUAAGUUGUAAUUUUCAUCAAAACAUUUUACCAAAGAUGUGUCAUCUACAUUCAAUUAAUAAAGCACAAAUAUAACAAAGACAACCUCAUAUUCCAUUUUUAUGUCACAGUUCAAUUUAAGGAAAAUAUGUAACCUUCAAACAUAUAACUUGGUGUUAGAAUGCAUCAAAGAAAGUUCAUUAAAAUUUGGUUAUCUGGA